AUGGCCGAGGUGGAGACUCCUCGCGUUCGGCUGGUGGUGGUGGGCGCCACGGGCGUCGGCGAGACACAAGCAGGCGGCGACGCGGCCUUCGACCCUUACUGCCAGGCUCAGUGCGGUGACGUGGUGCUGCGUACAGCUGCUAAGGCCAAGACAGCGACUCCCGAGUGGGCGCAGAACUUCACGUUCGGCGUGAAGAAACCGCUUGGUGAUGCUGUCAACUUCAAGGUCUUCGGACUCAACGAGCGCGGGCGGGACGUGCUACUGGGCAGCGCGUCAUUGCAGGUCGAGACUUUAAUGCCGGAUACGCAGAUGACGCACAAGUUGCCGCUGCUGGACGCCGCCGGAAAGGAAUGCGGUGAGCUGAUAGUGCAGGUGACGUACGAGCCCAAGUUCAUGGCCCCUCCACGGAAAGAAUCAGGGGCAGAGACGCCCAAGAAGAAGUCAGCGUCGCCCAAACAGUUGUCGGCUCCAGUUUCCCCGAGGAACAAGGAGCCGACGAAACCUCCGAAUUUCUAUGUUGUGACGAUUCUGGAGGCGACGGGGCUGCUUGCCUGUGACGGCUCGGGCAUUGAAGCUACGAGCGACCCGUACGUGCGUCUCUCGUGCACCAAGAACCAGUCGCAACGGACCAAAACGCAGCAGCAGACGCUGCAUCCGUCAUGGCGACAGAGGUUUUACUUUACGAUCACUCCGGGCGAGAAGCAGCUACUGGAAUUGACCAUGGAAGACAGCGAUCUGCUCACGAGCGACUUUAUGGGACGCUGUGUCGUUGAUCUGGACGAGUUUGCCAAACGGCUCCAAGGAGACAAGCAGGCGUUCUGGCUGGCGUUGGAGCAGCAGCCGGAAUCCAAGGACAAGGACGCGCCGAGUGACAUCAGCCCCCAACGCAAAAUGAACUAUGGGAACGGCAAGAUCUCCCUGGCUAUUGAUAUGCAGUACAUCGACCAGGAUAUCAGCAGCUUGGAGCAGGGAGAAGCCGACAACGUGACUGAAGUGCCGAGUGGUCGAGGCCUGCGUCGUCCAGGAAGCUCCGAUGCGGGCGACGACGAUGGUGGGAACGACGCUAACCCCAGUGAAGACACGAACGAAGACGCCAACGAUGGAGACGACGAUGACGUCGAUGCAAGACGGGAGGAAGCCGAAGCUCAACGUAAGCAGCGUGAAGAAGAGCGUCAGAAGAUGUUGGCAGAGCUGUCCAAUGUGCAGUUUCUGUCCGGCGACUACCAGGUCCGCGUGCGGAUCAUUGAAGUGCGCGACUUGAAGCCCAUGGACGCUAACGGUCUGUGCGAUCCGGUCGUGUCGGUUGAGUGUCUAGGACAGCGUCAACACUCGGUGGUGAAGCAGAAACAGCUGUCGUGUGUGUUUGACGAGUAUCUGUACUUUAACUUUCGCAAGCUGGACAAGGAUACUGUCCAGCAGGGAAGCAUCAAGAUCUCCGUGUUUGACGCCGAUGGACCUGGCUCGUCCGCAAACCGAUCAGCGAUCUCUCGAGCUCUCGAUGACCUCAUUGGCUUCUUCUCGGUGGACAUUCCGUACGUGUACUUCCAGCCUGACCACGAAUUGAAGCGGAAGUGGGUCGCUCUAGUCGGCAGUGGAGCAGCCAAUAGCGACAGCAUCCAAGGCUACGUCCUACUUUCUCUUGUGGUGUUGGGCCCUGGAGAUAAAAUGAAGCUGUACGAUCCUGCAGAAGACAAAGACCCGGACGAGCACUUGGUCAAGUCGAAGGCAGACAUCAACUCGAUGGUGCUCGUGCCACCGCGCGUGACUCAGAAGCUCAACUUCCUGGUCAUUACCAUCUAUCGAGCUCAAGAUCUGCCUGACAUGGACUACAGCAUGAUGAUGCAUGGAGGCAUCGACGGCUACGUUCGAGCGUACUUCGCUGGCCAGGACGUGCUGGAAACCAAGAAGGUGACAGUGAAAGGGAGUGAAAACCUCGUUGUCCCCUUCAACCAGGAGCUGUGGUUCCCGAUUCUUCUGCCAACGAUGAGCGACAAUAUUUUCAUCUCGAUGUGGGAUUGGGACAUGACGACAGCCGAUCAACUCGUAGCUAACAUCCUGCAGCCUUUCUCGUUCAAGCAAGUGCAGCGGUAUCCCAACCAGUUCAAGCACAUUUGGGCGAACCUGUAUGGUCCUCCAGUGGGCUAUGAUACUGACUCUGGCCCGCUGCAGCUGAUGCAGAAUCAUCCACUUCACGCCAGUACGUACCGUGGACGACUUCUGCUGUCUCUACGCGUUGAAGACGGCCUGCAAUCGGUGAAUGACGAAGCACACGUACGCAACCUCCUGAACACAUCCGUGUCGCCACGAAUGAAGCGCUACACGCUGCGUGCUGCUCUGUUUUACGGGACAGAGAUCCCUGUCUUCACGAGCAAAACUAACUGGAACCGAAAUACGCGGAUGUCGCUCAACAUUUCCGUGGGUCGCCACAGUGUCGAGAGCUCUCGAGUGCACAACGUGUCCGGCAUCUGCCACUUCAACCAGUAUAUCGACGUCGUGGACGUCGAACUCCCCGAGGAUCUGAACCAAGUUCCCGACGUUUUCGUCCAUCUCGUACGUAAGACGAUGAACGAGUCGCGCUGCAUCUGCUUCGCCCGCUUCAAAGCCCACGACUUGUUUUGCCAAGAUUCGGAGGCACUCAAAGCCAUUGAGCCGCCUCACUGGGUGGUGCUCAACGAAGAUAAAGUGCUGGAUGAGCUCCGAGACCACGACUUUACGGGUAACGUGUUGAUGAACCUGCGUCUUGAGGAUGCCGACCGAAAGGGUCAGAGAGAGGAGGAGGUGGCGCAGCAAUGGCGAAAGUACGCGAGCACGACGGUGCAGUACAUGAAGUACGUGCUCUUUGUUCACGUUUUUCAAGGGAAAUGCUUGCCGUCUACCGACUACGACGGACUCUUGGACCCGUACGUCAAGGUGGCUUGUGUGGGCUCGGAGGGUCAAGUCAGCACGCGCAUGUCAACGAGAGAUCCUUGCUUCUAUGAGACCGUUGUCCUUGACGUUGAGCUGCCCCAUAACGAGCGAUUUCUACCCAAGGUCUCGCUGCAGGUUUACGACUGGGAUCGAUACGAUGCAGAUGACUACGUUGGAGGCCUGAAGUUCAGUCUGGUGGACUUCCCGCAGAUGUCGUCGUCUGUGUAUUCCAAGGUUCGCGCCAGUGGAGAAUACGCGGCGCCUCGUCCUAAGUGGUACCCUAUUUGCUACGAGAAGCCUGGAGAUACGCAAGGCGAGUUGCUGUUGUCCUUCGACCUCAUCAAGAAAGACACGCCUGGAGUUAUCGUGGAGCCUCCCGAGUCGAUUCGUCCUCCUGCAGAGGAAGCGUUUAUCGAGAUCAUGUGUCUGGGAUGUCGUGGGCUGCAACCAACAGGCUUCAUGCCGAUCAACACGCCGUUUGCCAAGUUUGAGGUGGGCGAAAUAACCAAGACGAACAAGCCAAAGUUCACGAACCCGUCGUCCAAGCCGAGUAGCCGCAACCCCAACUUCUUGCAGCGAGUUGUUGUCCCGGUCAAGAUGCCACUCGACUCGCUUUUCGCGCCGAGGCUCAACAUCACAGUGUACGAUCAAUUACUUGGUGGCUUCUACAAGCCUGUGAUUGGCGUUUGCUCUGUGGACUUGAGCAGGAAAAUGCCGCUUUCGAAUGGAGAACCAAAUCCUUUGUACGUUGAGGAGAGCAGCAAGAACGUUACUCGUGGCAGCAACCCGUACGUGGACUAUGGAAACGAUUUGUCAACGUUCCCGGGCACAACGAAAAAGAUCGCGGUGGCUGGCAUGUGCUCGUCCGGGAGCUUUGGCAUCUACGACGACGACGACGACGAGCUACCACACUACAUGCAUCAACGCGAAGUGGUCGAGGGGGAGCUGGAAGACACGCUCAAGUCUCCAUUCGAGACCUUUGCGCUUUUCCGUGGAGCCUCGUCGUCACACGACGGAUGCGGCUCGAACGAAGACUCAGCUGACACGUAUCGUCCCGUCGGGAAGUUCAAAGGCAUCGUGCGUGUCCUCAAGUCUCGCGACGAUCCUCCUCUCUUCGACUUGGACCAGUUCCUCAACCCGCAGCCAUACCUUGUUCGCGUAUACGUGUUGGACGCUCUGAACUUGCAACCGAAGGACGCGAACAACCGAUGCGAUCCUUAUCUCCGUGUGAGUCUAGGAGACGGUCGCUGUCGUGAGCAAAUGUUCAACGACCGGGACAACUACCAGCCUGAGACUCUGACUCCGAAGUUCCACACGAUGUACGAGUUUAAAGCGGAUCUACCCGGCGCCUCAGAGCUGAAACUGGAGGUGCUGGACUACGAUUUCUUUGCUAUUCCGACGCUCCCGACUGGACUAAGUAAGGCGCUGAGCACUGCAGUUGGGAGUACAGUGGAUGGCGAUGACUUUGUCGGUGCCACGCUCAUCGAUCUGGAGGAUCGGUGGUUUGAUGCCAAGUGGCAAGAGCUUGGAUUGUCUCCGGAGAGGGUGGAGCGUCGUAAGCCGUUGGAAGUCCGUCCGUUGUUCGCCCCCUCUAGUACCCUCCCUCAAGGAAGUCUUCGUUUGUGGGUAGAUGUUCUCACGGGGAAGGAGAUGAACGUCGUGAGGCCGCUCGAUAUCUCGCUGCCGCCCCCACAGAUGUUCGAAGUGCGCGUUGUCGUCUACAAGGCGAAGAACGUUACUGCAGGAGAUUUCACGGAUCUGAGCGACCUCUUUGUCAAGUGCUGGCUGCAGAGUCGCGAUGACAAGUCGCAGAGCACUGACACGCACUGGAGAGCAAAACGUGGCCGGGCGUCCUUUAACUGGCGCAUGAAGUUCGACGUGGAGUUGCCGCUGGACCCGGAGAAGGAGGCAGAUCGAGGUUACCUUCACUUCCAGAUGUGGGACCGCGAUGUCGUAUACGAUGAUUGUCUUGCCGACGCAGUCGUGGACUUGACGUCGUUCCUCAAGACGGCGUUCAAGACUAAGCAGGCGGUCAACGUUUUCGCCAAACCGAAGCCUGUUCGCAUCCGCGGCACUGAGAGUAUGCCGUAUGAAGGGGCUUCACGUCGCUCGGGAUAUUCUGCCAUGGAAGAUGCCAGUUGUGCUGCUCGUUUGAGGUCGCCUCGUGCUGAUGAAGUGAUCAUCUCAAUCUCUGAGGAAGGAGACAAGGGAAGUGAUAGGAAGCCGUUGCUGUCGGGAGGUAACAAUGCUGACGUUGAUGACGACGAAGAGACCGAGUCAGAAGAUUUGGAUGCAGACAUGGAAAAUGCCGAGUCGCUAGUCAAGUCGUUCAUGCAUCGUCUCGGUAUGGGGGAAGACCCUGAAGACGCCAGUUGGCUCACGAUGACAACGCGCGACUCGCACACUGGCGACCGGAUCCGCGCAGGAGAGUUGCUGGUGUCUGUGGAAAUCCUACCGAAACAUCUAGCAGAAGUACGAGCCGCUGGAUUGGGUCGUGGAGAGCCCAACAACUUCCCAUUCCUGCCGGAACCUGCUGAUCGUCUUCAUCUCUCGGCCAUGUGGAACCCUUGCUACGUGUUGGAAGCGCUGAUGGGUCCCAAGUACUAUCGCGCCUUCGCCUCGUUCUUCCUCUGCACGCUUUUCGUGAUGCUUGUGCUGUUCGCUGGACCGCUCAUCAACGUUCUCUUGACGCUCUUUGAGCUAGUGCCUAACCCAUUCGGUCUUAUUUUCUUCUUCGUGGCACUAGCACUGCUGAUGGGCAUUCUCUUCUACCUUCUCUACCGCUGCCGUCGAGCGAUAAUCCGUGUAUCGGGAGGAGACGACUUGAACUUGUCCAAGAGAGGCAGGAGCAGACGCAAAACCCGACGAGCUCUUCGCUGAGAAACGAGCAGGGAUGAUGUAAGUGUGCACAUGGGUGGGUCUGGUUCAUGUUUUAUUGUUAAAUGCAGAGGAGGGUUAUUCGGUU